GUGGAGGUGUUCUCCAUGGGACAAGGCGUAGACCCAGUCGAGAUCACCAAGGCCGGCCUAGAGCGCGCCGUGGAGGGGGAGUUUGACACGGUCAUCGUCGAUACGGCCGGGCGGCAGGUGGUGGAUGACACCCUCAUGACCGAGCUCAAGGACAUACAGGUUGCUUCGGAGGCGGACGAGGUCCUUCUGGUCGUGGACGCCAUGACCGGCCAGGAGGCGGCAACGCUGGCCUCGGUCUUCAACGAGAAGAUCGGCAUCACGGGCGCCGUGCUGACCAAGAUGGACGGGGACACCCGAGGUGGCGCCGCGCUCUCCGUGCAGGGGGUCUCCCAGAAGCCGAUCAAGUUCGUGGGGAUCGGGGAGAAGGUGUACAUGUAG